UACAUGCAAGUAAAGCGUCACCCAGUCGUUUUUUAUGCAUAUGAUAAAGCAGAAUGGUAGUUAUUCUGGAGAGGGAUAUUGAAGAGGUGUAGAAGUUACUGCCACUUUAAAUCCACCUGUUGGGAGACACCGCCUGCGCCUUUUGUGGAGUGGAUCUAUAGGUUAAUCGUGUUUUGAGGGGAGCGCUUAUUACCUGUUAUGUCGCCUGGAGAGAGUUGCUGAGCUCGUGUUUAAAAUCUCUCGUGGCGCCACUUUGUCGUGUCGCAGAAUGGAUUACCUGUGUCUGUCAGCUACAGUCCGCGUCUCCGGACUGCCCUAGAGUACUGUACAGCGUCUUGUGGAUCGCAUCGCAUCUACUUCGGGGAUAUUAUCGUGACCGAUGUGUUUUGAGAAGAUAGCCAUUUCCUCCUUUUUCUAUGUCCCUAUUUACACACACCGCGCUUUCUUCGAAUAUUGCCAUUAUGCCGAAGCUUAUUAUGGGAGCCGUCUGGUUUUGAAACACGGCGUUUAAAGAGUGAAACUUGCGCACCCUUCGCUGGAGACGAUCUGCAACAAAUUGUUGCAAACGUUCAGAAGACGAUGCUCGAUUUGUCUUUUGUCGGUGUUGCGCCCUAAUUUUCAGUUUUCCCUCUGAAUCAUCUCUGGGAAAAUUUCCACGGGUUAAUUUAAAUGAUGUUUACUUUUGCUGCCUUCUGCUACAUGCUCUCGUUGGUUCUCUGCGCCUCGUUGAUCUUCUUUGCAAUUUGGCACAUAACGGCCUUCGAUGAGCUCCAAGCGGAUUUCAAGGUCCCGAUCGAUCAGGGCAAUCCACUUCACGCGCGGGAGAGGCUCAGGAACAUCGAGCGGAUCUGCUUCCUCCUGCGAAAGCUGGUGCUUCCGGAAUAUUCCAUCCACGGCCUCUUCUGCAUUAUGUUCCUGUGCGCUCAGGAGUGGCUGACUGUGGGCCUCAAUGUCCCGCUCCUCUUCUACAACACGUGGAGUAGGUACUUCCAUAGCCCCACGGACACGCCCGAGCUCCUCUACGACCCCGCGUCCGUGAUGAACGGCGACACGCUCAAGUUCUGCCAGAAAGAGGCCUGGUGCAAAAUGGCGUUCUUCGUCCUCUCCUUCUUCUACUAUCUCUACUGGUGUGUGGUUUGUACCACUUUCCCCAUGUCCCCGAGCACAGUAUGAACUAUAUUAAUCGUCGUUCGGUUAUUAACGUGUGAGGAAUAAUGGUGACAGAAUCUCUCGUUGUUGUCGUUCUGUCCUCCGCAGUUGUGCAUAUGUAAAAUGCAGGGUUGGUUUUAUUUUUAUUUGUUUAUUUUAUUUUGUUGUUUUUAAUUUAAAAAAUAAAGUACAUUUUUGUUGGCUGUCGGAUGGUUUGUGCCAUCCGAGCCACUGUUCUAGCGGUGGGUUGGCCCCGUUGCCUGGCACCGGAUUCAGACUGAUGUAAAAUGAACUACAUUUAGCAAAGAAAGGGCUUGAAGCUUUGAUCUUCAUUUCUCUGCAUUGUUUGUUAUCUAAUACCUAAAAACAUUCUUAUGAUCAAUAAGUCUAAAUUUAUGAAGAUCAAGAGCAGGGAGAUGGUCCUUUCAGAAAGACCCCGGUUUUUUGGUGGCCUCUCAACGUGGUCAUUUGUUUUAAUUUUUUUUUUGUUACCCCCCCCCCCCCCACCCCCUUUCUGAACAGCGGUUGUGAACAUGGUGUUGCUUCCCUUUAUUAUAGCGUGUACUGGACCUGACCUGAGAUUUCACGCCUCAUUGGUCGUAGUGAGUUUGACCCCCCCACCCAUACUGUUCCUACUUAACAGCACUCCUGUUUUUUGGAAACACAGCCUGAUGCCAUGCUGUCCCUUUAGGAACUGGUGGAUGUAGCACACAACCCAAGGAACCCACAAACAGUGCCCCCCCCCCCCCCCCCUUCCCACAGGUCCCAAACAGCUGGUGUUUUUGCAACAGGAAAUCUUGUCGAUACGGUGGUUGCAGCCCAGUUCAGCAAAAUGGCAGCCAUUUAUAAUUCAGCAGUGCUGCCCUGCUUGCUUAUAUUAGUCCCUUUCAUGUCAAUUGGUAUUUUAACCAUUAUGCAUGACAGCCUUACCCUCGCCUACCCCAUUUACAUACACAUGCACACACACACCUAACCCUCAGCCCUCCACCCUCUACACGCGCACGCCCACACACACACGCACAUGAACACAAACACACACAUACAAACAUGCAGGCAUGCACACACACACAUAUACACACACACACACACACACACAUAUACACAUGCACACACACACAC